AUGGAAAAUGAACGCAAUGUCGAGAAAACCCCCGAAACUAACACACGGAAAGACAUGUCGGCUGUGAUUGAAGUGACGGAUGUGUUGGAAGAGUUGCGGACAGAAAACAGUCGUCUUUACAAUGAAUUGUGUUUUGCCGACAAAUGUCUGCAUUUAUUACAAGAACUGAGACUUCAUUUCAAACAAUUGAAUCAUAACUGCAAAUGCAGUCAAACGUUGGCCCAGAAGUUGGCCUUCAAUCGACUCGAGACCACUUAUAAGUGUCUCAGACAGCGAUUCCAACACUCAAUACACACCCGAAGACCCGCUCGUCGACCAACGAGUCUGAGAUUAUCGAUACCUCCGAUGACUGUUAGAGCGGUUGGAAGUAAUAGACGGAAGAGUAGGGGCGAAGACAGGGCUCACAAGUUGAAGAGAAUUGCGAUCGAGAGUCAAAUUAUACGACAAAUCAAUAAUAACAGGUCCACAAUCAGUAGUAAUUGUGUCAAGAAUAGUCCCACUAAAGUGUCAUUAAUUGAUCCCAAAAGCGUUGACAAUAAUUCUAAGAGUGAUUUGCAUUCAAAUAAUGGAUUUCAUUUCAAUACUUGUGUGAGAUUUAACCCCAAUUUAGUUGACAAUGAAAUGGACAACAAAUCAGUGAUGAAUGUGACGAUUGAGUGCAUUGGAUGUGAUCUGAAGUUUUCUGUGAAGAAGCGACUCUUGGAUCACAUCCGCAACACUCACGACGAUAUGUAUGACAGGACUCGAGAGGUGUUUACGUGUGAUCUGAAGGACUGUUCGUAUUCUAGCGAUCGAUACCGCGGUUUAGCCGAACAUAAAAUGAAACACAAAGGAAUCAAACCUUUUAAAAACACUCAUCUCAUUGUCCAUAAGGCGAGUCACGAGGGAUUGAAGCCGUUUGCGUGCGACUGGCCGUCAUGUGGACAGGCGUUCAGAAGUAAUUCUAAUUUGAAACAUCACUGUUUGAUCCAUACAAAUGAGAAGCCCUACAAAUGCGAGUGGCCCGGAUGUGAAGCAAUUAAAUUGCGUGAAUAUUUGGACAUUAGGUUCCGCUCUCUGUCAUCGCGUAUACGUCAUGGAGUGGUCCACAGGGGAACCGCUGACUUCACCUGCAAUUGGGACGGAUGUGGGAAGACAUUCAAAUUUAAAGGCAAAUUCCAAGUUCGCUUAAAAGGCAUUAUAUUUUACAUGAAAGCGAUAAUCGAUUUAAGUGUCAAUACAUUGGAUGUGAGAUUACAUUCAUUUCCAAACGACAAUUAAGUUCUCACUUUAAACAAACACAUCAUUCAAUACACAAUUGAGCGCCACUUCACGUGUAUUGGAACCAAAGAAACCUAGUUUUUGAUAAUUAUUUUGUUGCAAUACCGGUGUAAUGUUUUUAAUGUUUUGCUUAAAUUUUAU